AUGCCUCCUGAUCUCAACUCCCUUUCCCCCCAGAAUCCUUCCUCGUCUUCCCCUUCCCAGCAUCGGGAUGGUCAGCCCCCGUUCGGUGAUCUAGUCCAACCCCAUCCCCCACAAUCCCAGCCGCCGCCGCCACAUGCCUCGGCUCGGUCUCCGCUUGCCUCAACGCGCGCCGCUCGGGUGUCUGUCUCUGAGCAACAUCGGUCUGCCAAUGGCCCCGGGCAUGUUCCGACUCCCGAACGCUCGGGGACUGUGGGCCAUGCCAUCCGCACUGCCAGUCCCUCUAGUGUUGGAAGCUCACCUGCUGCGAUUGGUGAUCCGCAUCACCACCAUCGUACACCGUCAUUGGGGGAGCUCCAUCAGGAAUUAGAACAAGAACAAGAGGCACAAGUGAAUCGGCUUUUACAGACGAUUCGCAGUCAACAGUUGCAGCUCCAACAACUCCAGCUGCAACAGCUACAGCCUCUAGAGUCAGGCACGACUGUUCCGGAGGAGCAAACCCCUCCCUCCGAGCAGUUAAUCUCGCUGCCCCAAAUACCUCCUCUUCCUGCGCCGGCAGCUCGAGCAUCUCCUCAGAUCUCUUCAUCCCUGUCUAACUGGCGCUCGUCACAGCCAUCUAGUCUGACGAGCUCACCAAAUCUGCGGCCGCUGUCGCGCAGCCUGGAAGGCUAUGAGUGGGCUCCUGGCACCAGUGAGACCUCAACUAGACGUAGCAGCAGGGACGAGACUGCUUUCUACCAGGCAGAGGCCGCAAUGCUGACGCGAGAGAAUCAGAUCCUGAGACAACGCAUUCGUGAACUAGAACGCCAGGUUAGGGAGUUUACGAGGUCAUCGUCCCAGCCUUCGGUUCCACAGUCGGGGGAAUCUCGGAGCAUAGGCAGCUGA